CGAGACGACAUAUAGUGAUGUUUACGUAAGCAUCCUUGUCAUAUAAUACUUUUCGUGAUCAGACGUAUGUUAUCUUUCUCGGCGACAUAAGCUAGCGGCCACCGACGAAGUCGAAGAGUCAGGACACCGCAUCUCUGCUUUUUGGCAUUAAAGAUAUGCUACAAGCUAUGUAACCGCAUGUAAUAGUAUUUCGCUCAAGAUGGAAAGCCUGGCGAGCUCUUUGGAAACCGUCUUAAUGCAUGCUGUGGCAGCCUUAGAGCAUGAGGAUAGGGGAGAGCCCCUGCAAGGUCUUCAGGAGUAUAAUAAUGCUUGGGCUGCUUUGUCAUGCGCUCUGGAGGUUCAUGGCAACGGUGCCGAACCCAGCUGUUUCGACCCGUUGCCUGGGCUGGUGCGCGAGAUUUGCUCUGCGCUUUUGGACACCUACACCAUACGCCAUGAGGCUAUCCGUUCGAUGCUCCAAUCCGCUGGCCCAAGCCACAGCUGCAUCUCUGCUCGACGCUACGAUGAUUUGGGUCAGCCGUCGGAGCCGGCUGCUGGCAACGGUAAUCGUUCGGACCGUCCCUACACCCCGUCACACCCCACGGCGCAUGCUCUCUCGUCAAAUACCACCAACCCAACCCACGCCUACCACACUCAAACCGGGACGGACGGUUCCGACGCGAGCCGCCGCGAUGUGGGUCGGCCGCCCGGGACUCCCAUUGGCGGCGCCCAUGGUGUUGUACUGACGGCGGUGAUGAUGGAUGUACUGCAGCAGUGUCAGCGGCCGGUGGCAGCAGGAGGCAGCCUGGACGACAUGGCGGGUCUAGAUUCCGUGAAGGAGGAGGUGCGGCUGGCGCUGCUGCUGCCCAUGCGCAUGCCGCACGUGUUCCGCGGUAUCCGGCAGCCGCCCAGGAACUUCCUGCUGCAUGGGCCGCCGGGCACCGGCAAGACCAUGCUGGUGGAGCGUAUCGCGGCGGAGGCGGGUGCCACGCUGCUGGUGCUCACCCCGGGGGCGGUGCUCAGCAAAUGGAGCGGUGAGAGCGAGAAGCAGCUGCGGGCGGUGUUCGAGUUGGCUCGGGCCAUGCAGCCGUGCAUCGUAUUCAUGGACGAGGUGGACUCGCUGGCCCCCGCCCGCGGCCCCGGUGACGACCCC